AUGCUCUCCAUUCUGUAUGAUUUGAUCACACCUCCGUUUUUUUUUCACCUCCCCACGUCCCCCUCCCCACUCUCCUCUUUCCCCCUCCCUUCCCCCCCCACCCCCCUCCCCUCCCCCCCCCUCCUCCCCCCCCUCUCCCUCCUUCGCCGCACCUCCUCCCUCUCUCGCUCCCUCAUUCUAUCUGUCCCUCCUUUGUUGCACACCCCCCAGCUUUUGGAGGAGAACAAGCGGCUGAGAGGGGAGAGGGUGGAGGAUGGCACUGUAACAGUGGACAAGCCCCUGGCAUUGGAUGAGGACGAGCUGGAGUUUCUCGAAGCAGUGGAGCAGGUCAGUCAGUGA